AUGAUAUCCACCGACUUGAAUGAUAUAAUAGAAGGUAUUGGAGCUCUUUAUGACACAUCCAAUCAAGUAGAUGAAGAACUUGAGGUAAACAUGGAUGAAGACAAUGAUGCAUUGGCAAUCACAUUCUCCAAUGAAGACUUGCAACUUGGAUUCGAACCUCAUAACAGGCCAUUGUUCCAAUUGGGAAUCCAAGCAGAAGAGCUGUCAAACAGUCGAUUGAUGAUUCAAGGUUUCAACCAUGAAGGGCAAAGAGCUCUUGGAACUAUAAGGCUGCGAUUGCAGAUGCAGGACAUGGAGUCCACAGCGUUGCUUCAUGUGAUUGAUGCAAGGACAUCCUACAACAUGCUUCUGGGUCGACCAUGGCUUCAUGAAAAUGAAGCAGAGUCACAUUUCGCUGAUGCUCAAUUCUAUUUGGGAAGAACUAAAGCAACAAUGGUGGAAAGGGAUGUACCACAGGAGAAGUCAGGAUCCCGCCAAGAGAAAGAAUCUCGCCCAAAGAUGGAAGGUUUCACCAUCCCUUUGACUAAGAUUGAUGCCAAAAAGCCCAUUCCUCAGUCACUCAAAGAUUUUGCAUACAAACUCCUUGUGAAUGCUGGAUACAAUCCCCAAGAAAGCUCCACGUCAAAAUCUCAUGUGAGAAAAACUGCUAAUACAAGCCAAAAUCCCAAGGCAGGCUUGGGAUACAUGGUGCAAAGCCCCAUUCGUAUUGCCAUCAAGAGAGCCACUGCUAACUAUGCUAGCACCAAGCAAAUCCUGAAAUCUUCAAGCAAUCGGAGAACCCAAAGGGUUUCUGUUUUCAAAAGAUUGGAUGAAAGAAAAGCUCAACGAAUAUCUGUCUUUAAAAGGCUUGGCAAAGGCAAGUCAUGGAAAAAGGACGUGACAAAAAGGGCCAAUGAAUUGGACAUAACCGAAAAGCUAAGGAGCUCGAUUCCUUCUCGUAUGAAGAGGUGUACCACUUUGCUCAUAUCAUGUGGAAAAGAAUUGAAGGCCAAAAUGAAGACAAUCAUCUUUACACGGGAUGCCGAAGACGAUGAAGAUAGAGAGAGUGUGGCUUCAUCUUACUACACUACUAAUGGUGCUAACAAUCCAAUUUCUCAUACUACUCAAGGUCAAGUGCGUUGUGAAGAUAUUGUUACAUCAAACCAUAUCACCUCAUGUGAAGAAGUGGUUGUCGAAGAAGAAGACGCUGAAAUAGCUCCUCAACAGUUUGAAGAAGGAGUUAAGGCUAUUGUUGAUGAAUUGAGAGAAAUUAAUUUGGGCACUAUUGAAGAUCCACGACCCACUUACAUCAGCGCGUUGCUGACCGUUGAUGAGGAAUACUCAUAUAUCGAAUUGCUCAAAGAAUUCAAAGACAUCUUUGCAUGGUCUUAUAAGGAAAUGCCGGGGUUGAGCUCCAAGAUAGCUGUUCAUCAUUUAGCCGUUAGAAAGGAUGCACGACCAGUCAAGCAGGCCCAGUGCCGAUUCCGACCAGAAUUAGUUCCUUUAAUUGAAGCCGAAGUGAACAAACUCAUCAAUGUGGAUUUUAUUAGAGAAGUCAAAUACCCAACAUGGAUUUCAAGCAUUGUUCUAGUAAGAAAGAAAAAUGGACAAAUUCGUGUAUGUGUUGACUUCAGGGACUUGAAUGAAGCAUGCCCCAAGGAUGACUUUCCAUUGCCAAUUGCCGAAUUGAUGAUCGAUGCCACAACUGGGCAUGAAGCAUUAACCUUCAUGGAUGGAUCUUCCGGUUACAAUCAAAUUCGCAUGUCACCAAAUGAGGAAGAGCUAACAGCAUUUCGAACCCCGAAAGGAAUCUAUUGCUACAAAGUGAUGCCAUUUGGGUUGAAGAACGCUGGUGCCACUUACCAAAGAGCCAUGCAGAAGAUAUUUGAUGAUAUACUUCAUAAAAAUGUUGAGUGUUACGUGGAUGAUUUGGUGGUUAAGUCUAAAAAACGAAACAAUCACCUGCAAGAUCUACGAAUGAUUUUUGAGCGACUGAGAAAGCAUCAGUUGAAAAUGAAUCCAUUAAAAUGCGCAUUUGGCGUCAAAUCCGGCAAGUUUCUUGGGUUCAUUGUUCGCCAUCAGGGGAUAGAAAUUGAACAAGCAAAGAUUGAUGCCAUACUAAAAAUACCCGAACCUCGAAAUAUUCAUGACCUGAAAAGUUUGCAAGGGAAGUUAGCAUACUUACGAAGGUUUAUUUCAAAUUUAGCCGGAAGGUGUCAACCAUUUAGCCGAAUUAUGAAGAAGAGUAUACCAUUCGAGUGGGAUGAGUCAUGUAGAAAUGUUUUCAAGAACAUCAAAUCUUACUUGAUGCAGCCUCCUGUAUUAGCAGCACCUGUGCCAGGACGCCCCUUGAUUUUAUAUAUUGCUGCUCAAGAACGAUCCAUGGGAGCUUUGCUUGCGCAAGAGAAUGAAGGUGGAAAAGAGAAUGCAUUAUACUACUUGAGCAGGACAAUGACACCAAAUGAGUUGAAAUAUGCUCCAAUUGAGAAGCUGUGUUUGGCAUUGAUUUUCUCUAUCCAGAAGCUUAAGCAUUAUUUUCAAGCUCACACUGUCCGCCUCGUAUCUAAGGCAAACCCUUUAAAGUUUGUGAUGUCCAGACCUGUUCUAUCUGACAGACUUGCACGUUGGUACCUCCAACUGCAACAAUUUGAGAUUGUGUAUGUUCCUCAAAAGGCUGUGAAGGGACAAGUGUUGGCAGACUUCUUAGCAGACCACCCAAUUCCGGCUGAAUGGGAGCUAAGUGAUGACCUCCCGGAUGAAGAUGCACUUGUAAUCGAUGUCGCCCUACCAUGGUGGAUGUUUUUCGAUGGAGCAUCUCAUAAAGAAGGUGCUGGUGCCGGGAUCGUGUUCGUGACACCAGAACAUCAAGUGCUGCCAUUUUCCUUCACUCUAACUGAGAAUUGCUCUAACAAUGUAGCAGAAUAUCAAGCUCUGAUCCUCGGUUUGGAAAUGGCGUUGAAUAUGCAGCAAUCUCACCUCAAAGUAUAUGGUGAUUCUAAAUUGGUGGUUAAUCAAAUACUUGGACUGUAUGAAGUGAAGAAACCUGAAUUAUUGCCAUACGUCAAGUAUGCUCGCAAGAUCAUUGAGUGGCUUGGAGAUGUGGAAAUCGAACAUGUUCAAAUUCCAGUGUGUGAAAGAUGGGUUAUACCACCUAUUUUUGAAGAAGAGAAAUGCGAAGAAAUUGAAAGUCAUCUUGUUGAGGUCUUCGAAAUUGAGGAGGAAGAUUGGCGCCAGCUGUUGGUCGAUUACUUGAAGUAUGAUAAAUUACCAAAUGAUCCACGUCGAAGGGUUGACAUCCGACGGCGCGCCACUCGUUUCAUUUUCUUCAAAGGGACGCUUUAUAGGAGGUCUUUUGAUGGAGUAUUUCUCAGGUGCCUAAGUAGUGAGGAAACUGCUAAAGCCAUGGAAGAGGCGCAUUCUGGCAUUUGCGGUGCUCACCAGUCAGGUCCAAAGCUGCACUUCCGAAUCAAGAGGAUGGGCUAUUACUGGCCAACUAUGGUGAAAGAUUGUUUGGAUUAUGCGCAAAGAUGUCAAGCCUGCCAAUUUCAUGCGAAUCUGAUUCAUCAGCCACCCGAGCCACUACACCCCACAGUUGCAUCCUGGCCUUUUGAUGCUUGGGGCAUGGAUGUUGUUGCGACCGAUUACUUCUCCAAGUGGGCUGAGGCGAUACCAUUAAGAGAAGUGAAGAAAGAGACCGUUGCUGAGUUUAUCAAGACCAACAUCAUCUAUCGCUAUGGAGUUCCUCGCUACAUCAUAACUGAUAAUGGAACACCUUUCAGCAACACGGUGAUAAACAAGCUUUGUGAAAAAUUCGGCUUCAAGCAACGGAAGUCAUCGAUGUAUAAUGCACCGGCAAAUGGGUUGGCUGAGGCAUUCAACAAGACUUUGUGCAAUCUGUUGAAGAAAAUUGUUUCAAAAUCAAAGCGUGACUGGCAUGAACGUAUUGGGGAAGCAUUGUGGGCAUAUCGAACCACCUAUAGAACUCCUACGCAGGCAACGCCUUACUCUUUGGUAUAUGGGGUUGAAGCUGUCAUUCCUCUCGAGCAACAAAUUCCCUCUUUGAGAAUAGCCAUUCAGGAAGGGCUAACUGAAGAAGAAAAUGCACGUCUGCGUCUAGAGGAACUCGAAGCUCUAGAUGAGAAAAGGCUGGAAGCUCAGCAAAAGUUAGAAUGCUACCAAGCUCGCCUCUCAAAGUCUUUCAACAAGAUGGUGCGAGUGCGUUCUUUUCAAGUUGGAGAUUUGGUCCUCGCUGUGAGGAGGCCAAUCGUUGUCACUCAUCGUGUUGGAAACAAAUUCGUAUCAAGGUGGGAUGGCCCAUAUGUUGUCAAGGAAGUCUACACAAACGGAGCAUACAGGCUUCUUUCUGAUGACAACGUCAGAGUUGGGCCUAUCAAUGGCAAGUUCCUGAAACGUUACUAUCCUUGA